AGCCACGCCUGGCCCAGCCCCGUCCCGCCUUGAGCCUCGGUGUCCCCACCUAGGGGCGGGCAGCCAGGGGCACUUCCGCUGGCCCAAGUGAUCUGCAUGUGGCAGGGCUGUGCAGUGGAGCGGCCAGCGGGCAGGAUGACGAGCCAGACCCCUCUGCCCCAGUCCCCCCGGCCCGGGCGGCUGACGAUGUCUACCGUUGUGGAGCUGAACGUGGGGGGUGAGUUCCACACGACCACCCUGGGUACCCUGAGGAAAUUUCCGGGCUCAAAGUUGGCAGAGAUGUUCUCUAGCUCAGCCAAGGCCUCCAUGGAUGCAGAGGGCCGUUUCUUCAUCGAUCGCCCCAGCACCUAUUUCAGACCCAUCCUGGACUACCUGCGCACUGGGCAAGUGCCCACACAGCACAUCCCUGAAGUGUACCGUGAGGCUCAGUUCUAUGAAAUCAAGCCUUUGGUCAAGCUGCUGGAGGACAUGCCGCAGAUCUUUGGUGAGCAGGUGUCUCGGAAGCAGUUUCUCCUGCAAGUGCCGGGCUAUGGCGAGAACCUGGAGCUCAUGGUGCGCCUGGCGCGUGCAGAGGGCAUAACAGCGCGGAAGUCCAGCGUGCUUGUGUGCCUGGUGGAAACGGAGGAGCAGGAUGCAUAUUAUUCAGAGGUCCUGUGUUUUCUGCAGGAUAAGAAGAUGUUCAAGUCCGUUGUCAAGUUUGGGCCCUGGAAGGCAGUCCUAGACAACAGUGACCUCAUGCACUGCCUGGAGAUGGACAUUAAGGCCCAGGGGUACAAGGUAUUCUCCAAGUUCUACCUGACGUACCCCACCAAAAGAAACGAAUUCCAUUUUAACAUUUAUUCAUUCACCUUCACCUGGUGGUGAUCCUCAGGAGCAGAGACUGUUACAAGUUCUGGCAUGGCUUAUGAAAUUAAAAGUUGCCAUCAAUGCCAUUUUCCUUUAAUUUCACAAACAUCAGGCAAUUUCCAGGGUUGGUCUAGAGCCUUGCCCCUAAAUAUUGAUCUCCCAUUUAAGGACUUUCCACUCUAUUGCAACUGACACCACUAUAUUUGCCUAGCAACUUGCAGCUGCUUCCUCUUCAAAGCCUCAUGCGCGGUGGCUCAAGCCUGUAAUCCCAGCACUUUGGGAGGCCGAGACGGGCGGAUCACGAGGUCAGGAGAUCGAGACCAUCCUGGCUAACACGGUGA